CAGCUCAGUUGCACUUUCAGCGUGAUCUCUCGCCGACGUGAUAAUCAGCAGAAGUAACUCCAAGAUGCGAUCGUUUCUAGCUGCUCUUCUGUGCUGGUUCUGGGCAGCUUCUGGUCAAGAACCUGAGCAAAUUAUGUUCCCCAACGAACGCACAACGCUGGAUGACUGUCACCUUCGCUACUUUAAGCUGGGCAGCCCAUCGGCGGUGAAACCGGCCUUCGGUCUUCCAACCCGGUUCCGGGAGUUUGCGCACAUGGCCGCGAUCGGUUGGACCGACCCGGACGACAGUGAAACCAUCCAGUGGCAGUGCGGCGGAUCACUCAUCUGGGACAACUUUGUGCUGACUGCUGCGCACUGCGUGCUUGACGCUCGGAGUCGAGCUCCCGACGUGGUUCGACUGGGGGAUUUGAACCUGUACAGCGCGGAUGACGAUCGCUACGCACAACAGUUUUCGAUUACGGCGAUCGUACGACAUCCGAAGCACAGGUUUUCCGCGAGCUAUCACGAUAUUGCGCUGUUGAAGUUGGACCGGAACGUAACGCUGGACGAGACGGUUGUACCGGCGUGUUUGUGGACCGACGAAGAGAUUAGGUUUCGGGAGCUGAUCGCUACGGGCUGGGGAAGUACUGGAUUUGCUGAAGAACACACGCCAAAUCUGCUGAAAGUCCUGUUGAAACCGAUGGAUAACGAUCGGUGCAGCUUGUUCUACCCGGUCAGCAAGAAGCUUCACCAGGGACUUCAGAGCCAACAUCUGUGUGCCGUAGACGAACAGAUGGACACCUGUGAGGGUGAUUCCGGAGGACCGCUGCAGGUCAAGCUGCUGCACAACUCACGAAUGACGCCGUUUUUGGUUGGCGUAAUAUCGUUCGGAUCUACCUGUGGGGUGUCUAAUCCUGGAGUUUAUACGAGGAUAUCGGAGUACCAUGAUUGGAUCGUGAUGACCAUGCGCGAGCAGGGUGCUGUUGGGAUUCACGAAAGCUACAACGAAACGCUGUGUGCGUUACGGUUUGCCGCAUAUCGUGACUUUGACGAACAAGUGAUCAUAGAACAAACGGAAAGCUUCACCUCGGUAGAUUCUACCAAAACGCGGAUCUACGCGGGUUCUGCUCCCCAACAAAUGGUCAAGAUUGGGAGGGAUAACUGCUAUGGAGUGAUCGUCGACGAAGACACCGUGCUUACGGUAGCGGAUUGCACGAAUUCUAGAGGGGUUCAACCAACGUUCAUAACCUAUCUCGGCAACAAGACGAUGCGUAUUUCGAAAAUUCACGUUCACCCCGACUUCGUCCGCGACUCCGGUUAUAACAACAUAGCGAUCCUCAAACUGUACGAUCUGCUGGAGUUGCCGUUGGAUUUCCAACCUUCGUGUAUCUAUCACAAGUCGAGAAUUGAGUUCGAUUUGAAGGCGUACGGAAAUGGACGACUUGAUAUAAACCGGUUCUUAUUUGGUGGAUCACCUUCAAUUGACUCAAGAGAAUCAACCCACGUUAUCAUCCCCAAAAUGUUCAACGAAAGCGACUGCAUCGUUUCCGAUCGCUACCGGCCACGACUUCCACAUGGGCUAGCGAGGGAACACCUCUGCUUGGGGAACGACGUCUUUCAAGUUCCGCGAUCGUGCGACCUGCUAAUCGGAAGUGUUCUGGAUGAGUGGCUGGGCAAAGGAAACAACUUAUACCACCAUACCAUGGCACUGAGCCUUCUCGGUCGAGACUGCGGCUUUGGAGAGCAUUUGAUCGCCACGAAACUGGCAAGCCACGUGGACUGGAUGAGGUCCGUACUGCUGCCGGGACAGGUGGAUUCCAGCAAUGUAGUACACUUUGUUGAUCGAGAUCUACGCGAGGGAAACAGUUGCAACGUUGACGAUCACCAACAAGGUGUUUGUGUAAAGAUGGAGCGCUGCUCAGUCCCAUGGAAAGAGCACAUUGCUCGAGGACUCGUUACGUUCUGUACGACAAGUUCCGUAAUCUGUUGUCCAGUGGAAGCGGUUGGCAGAAUGAACAACAGCUUGAUACAUCCCGGCAUUUUCAACUGUCCUUCAUCCGUACAAAGUAUCCCUCGCAAAACAUCUCUUGGAUCGCUGGUACACAUUGGAUGGAUUGAACAACAAACGAUCACGUAUCAAUGUGCCGGAACGAUCAUCAACAAGUUCAUGGUCCUCACUACGGCGAGCUGCCUUGGAAAUACAAUACCCGACGUAAUUCAACCCAUAAACAAUCUAACACAGUUCCCCAUCGACGCCGUCCUUCGUCACCCUAGCUUCAACUCCACCGACAACACCAACGACAUCGCCCUAAUCAGAAUGAUUGAUCCCUUUAGCUGGAGCCCAACCAUCUACCCCGCCUGUCUGUGGACAAACCAAACCCACACGCCGAUCGUUAUGAACGCGGCACGCCCGACUGGUCCAACAAGCUUCGAAUUCACCCUGGUUCAUCCCAUGUACAACUCGGACUGUCAGCGGACACACCCGCAUCGCAUUCAGGACUCUCAACUUUGUACGAGGGAUCCAAACUCGCUCACCACUUGUACAUCAUCAACCGAUCAACUCUUUUGGAUGGAUACCAAUCGCGUAAGCUUCCUGAUAGGGCUGGCUCCCAACCAAACUGAGUGCACAGAAAGAAAGUACUCGAUCUUCACGAGAAUCGCCGCCCAUUUGGAGUGGAUCAGCGAGAAUGCUAGCUAGAAUCAGCUUAACAGAACUAACCUGUGUUCCAGUGCGGCUCAUAAUUUCACGCAAGUUGCUCGACGCCCGGCCGAGCACGAUCGGGUGGUGUUGGGUCGACACUUCCAGCUGCAUCUGGACUGGGAUUUGGUUCUGGAAAAAGCGAAAAAAAAGUUGUUUUUUUCUUGGUA